AUGGCUCAUUUGCUGUCACCGGUUCCUACCACAGCCGUAACACCUCUCUCUGCGAGACCUUGGAAUAGCUCCUCCCUGUGUUCUGGGAAAAAUGGGUGUUUUACCACUCCAAGAGUGUGCUGCAUUGGCAACCAAUAUCAACAUCAGGUCUCUAAUCAUGAGCAAGUCCCUCCUCUCCGUGAUGACCACACUCUGCACCGGAGGGCAAUGAUGGGAUUAAGUGGUGCAGCAGUGUUGGGUUUGAGUUGGAGCAAUGAGCAAAGUGCAAGAGCAGCGGCUAGAAGGCCUCCACCUUCUCCACCAAAGGAGAAAAAAGAUCCUAAUGUCAGUGCUGUUCAGGCGAAAGUAAUGGCUAGCAAGAAGAGAAAAGAAGCCCUGAAAGAAGAAGUUGCCAGGCUUAGAGAGAAAGGAAAGGCUGUUAACAUUAAUAAAGAGCCACCUCCUCCUGUAGUUACAUCAAUUCCUACAUCUGAAUAA